AUGGAAGUUAUCCAAAAGAAUGAGGCAUUUAGAAGGAUUGAUGGUAAAAUGAAAAUUUCCUACGUCCAGGUUUUUGUUCGGCAAGAUGGCAUAUUAUAUUCCGGAAUAUGGACGAAUCGAUUAAAUUCGCCAAAGACGCUGGACGAUCUCCAGGAACUCAAGCAAAUUCCAACCGAGGACAGGGGCCCAGAAGGGAAAACCGCUUGUUAUGUGAAAACACCAACCGAAACAUGCGAAAUUCUUCGCAAGAACUCCCUUCCGAACAUCGUGACCUACUAUGGCCACAAGGAUACUCACGGUCGAGUCUCAGGGCUAUGCUUCAGACGAUAUACGUCGACACUACUUGAAGUAGUCAACCGCCAACGCCUAAGCAAGGUCGCUUUCCUUUCAAGUGCGCGCGAACUAGUGAAACCGAAUAUGAAAAGUGGCCUAGAAGGAAUUUUGGCCGCCAUCAAACAUCUUCAUUCUUUUGGACUUGUCCAUAACGACAUCAACCCUGCAAACAUUAUGCUUGACGAUGGUGGUACAUUUAUUCUCAUUGAUUCGAUAGCUGUCGAUGUAUCGGGGAGUCGUUGCGCAACACCGAAACGAAAAGAACCCGCCACUGGCACGACCCUGCUGUCGAUAUUUCGCUCGAGAAAAAUGACCUUCACGAUUUCAGAGAUCUACAGAUCUGGUUGA